AUGUUUUCCGAGAGCACGACAGCUACCGCCAAUUCCCAAACAUCUUCGCAAAGAUAUGCUCAGCUCGAAACAGUGAUGGGUAUGCUGCUGCCUCCAAAGUCGAAAGAAAAAGAGAGAAAAAUUGAAGCUAAUGACUGCGGCAGCUCCAAAAAUUCGGUUAUAGUUCUCAGUGAUGCUGGUUGCGCAACGUCUAUCAAGAAUCCCGAUUAUGGUGUCUCAGGAGACCCUGAAACACCUAUGCAUUGGAAUAUCUAUACAACACUCAGACAAACGAUCAAUCCGGGUGGCCGGCUACCAUACCUUGUUAUCACCACCCACUGUCAUUUCGACCAUAUUCUGGGUCUUGGUCUGCUACCACCUACCGACUCGGACCCGCAACACCGGAACGUUGACCAGAGAAAAGGGCCGCAAACUACAGUCCUUUCCUCAGCACACAGCACGAAUCAUCUUAGUCCUUGGAAGCGUAUAUGUUGUCACUCGCUUGCUGAAAAAUUCGGCGCUAUAGAGUGCCCAUAUUACUCUAUCGGAAUGUGGGCGUCCGAUUACCAGGAUGUCGUAUACUCCCCUAGCACGACUGUGAAAAUACCCACUGGGAUUACAAUAAUUCACACACCGGGGCACACUCCUGACUCUCUUACCUGGUACGAUAAAGAUUCUCAUCUAAUUUGCGUUGGGGACAGCUUCUAUGAGGCUUCUUCUACGGACACGAAAAAGUGCGAAGUGGAAAAGACGAUCCGGGCACCAAUUCUCUUUGAGGAGAGAAGUCAUUUAAUGACUUGGUGGAGGAGUUUGAACAAAGUUUUGGAAUUUGUUCAACAGGAAAACACUCGAUUGGCAGGUCAACACACGGAGCUCGGGGCACCCCCACGCGUAGCUAUAUCUGGCUCCCAUGUGACGACUACCUCCCCAGAUGCUGUGCAAUUCCUACUCUCAAUCCAAACGUUUAUGAUUCGUAUCCUCCGGGGUGAAGUACUAACUACACCACUUCAUCCUGGCAGACUCCCUUUCAAAGAAGUCAUGGUGUAUGAUGAUGGCCCGGAGGCUGCGCUUUCUCAAGAUUUUGAAUGGAUCGUCUGGGCGCCAAAGCGGAUAAUUGAAGAAGGAAUCAGGGAAUUAGCCGGGGAGUAUUGA